AUGGAGGUUGUCGUAGGGCUAACAACCCUACACGGAAAAACACAUAUUGUUACGAUUCAACCAAAAUCGCCUCGGAUGAAAUAUGUGGAGCUAAAGGACUUUUUGAUAGGAACCUGGAAUGUAAGAUCGUUGUAUAGGGCAGGACAUCUGACGACAGUUAUAUCGAGUCUUGAACGAUAUCAACUGAAUAUAGCUGCGAUUCAAGAAACUAGAUGGCCAGGGCAAGGAAACCUAAAAAUAAAUAAUUGGACCUAUUUCUAUAGUGGUGGACUGGAUCAUCAAGCAGGGGUUGGCUUUGUGGUAAACGACAAACUGUUACCUAACGUAAAACUUUUUGAAGCAAUUAAUAAUAGAAUAUGCUAUCUAGAACUAAAAUGUAAAUGGUAUAACUUCAUUAUAAUCAACGGCUAUGCACCUACUGAAGAUAAGAAUGAAGCAAUUAAGAAUGAAUAUUACGAAAGACUGGACACAGUGUGGGACUUACUACCAAAUAGUAAAGUGAAAAUAUUACUUGGUGAUUUUAACGCUAAAAUAGGUCAAGAACCAAUCUUCAGUCCGACGAUAGGGAGUAACAGCCUACAUUUGAACUCAAAUGACAAUGGGACGAGACUUAUAAACUUUGCUAUGGCACGAGGUAUGGUAGUAAGUAGCACUACCUUUCCCCAUAAAAAUAUACACAAACAGACAUGGGUAUCGCCAGAUGGGCGAACGAGAAACCAGAUAGAUCACAUAGUAGUAGAUGGUAGAUUUAAAAGAUGUAUAAUGGAUGUGCGUAGCAUGAGAGGUAGUAGCGGAAUAUCAGACCAUUUCAUGGUGAAAACCAAAGUCAGAUUAAGACUAUCAAUAAAAUGGAAAGAGCGAAGAUCACCUGUCAAAAAGAUAAACAUUGAACCACUGAAUUACUCUCAGACGUCAGAACAGUACAAAAAUAGGUUAAAUGAUAUACUGCGGCCAACAGAAAAGGCGAGCAGUAUAGAUGAGAUGUAG